GGGUACAACCCAAGCUUUGGCUGCAGUUUCAUCUUCUUCACAACAAUUCCAGAUGUCAAGUCCUUCGUAUAACACUAGAAGAUUCUUUGGUAACCAACGAUCAGCAAUAAAAUCAAAUCGUUGGAGAAAAGGGAAGGACUCGAAAAAAACGAAAAAAGUAAGUACUGGGCCGUUCUCACGUGAUGUUAUCCUACUAACUGGUCCAGAUGUCAAGGACAUACCCCGCCAAGGAAGUAAAGUGUUUUUACAAGAAAAUGGACACAUUAUUAGUGCCUUUGAGUUUCAGAAAGAGUGGAGUGACAUUGACGUAGAACUUGAAAUACGUCAAGCUUUCCAGGGAACACUGCCUGAUGACGUUGAUAUUGAAAUUGUCCAUUCUGUCCACACAACACUGCUCAAGCCUACAUUGGCACCAGGUCAACAUUUAACUGGUUCUGUAAUCAACAGAGUCUUCAGUAACAAUAAGCCAGUGUAUGUUAAGCCAUGUAGACAAAUGUUACAACAACCUAUCAAUAAAGAGAAGCGUCAAAGGUAUAACCUUCCUGAGGAUGUGUUUAAUGAAGAUAAUGAUGAUUAUGACAGGUUGCCACAAACUCUCAAUGAAAACUCAUUUGGCACAUUGGAAGAUAAUAAUAUAAACAACCAAACUAGUCAUGUCAUGCAUGGAAAGUCAAGUCAAAUUGCUGUGGUCCUUGAUGAUGAACGAAUCCAACAACUGCAAUUGCCAAACAGUAACCAUCCUGAAGCAUCUGAACAUGAAAUUACGAGUGAAGUAGAACAGAUCAACUAUGUCAAGCCUGCUGAUACUCUUGUAGAUAUGACCCAGCACGAACCACCUAGCCAAAUAAUGCAGAAUAACCACAGUCAAAUGGACAUAGAAGAACCACUUCUCUUUCAAGAUUGUAGAGAUGCAGUCAUUGACGCACAGGGUCAGUUGUCUAACGAUGCUCAACUAACGAACACUCAGUUGGUCAAAGAAAUCGCUAUUAACCGCAAUAACGUUUUAAAGGACAUGAUCACUGCAUUUAAGGACGAAGAAGUUUUGUUUAGUUGUCUGGAAAUUGUAUUUAUUGACGAGAGAGGGAACAUCGAAGACAGAAGAGGUUCUGGUGUAAAGAGAGAGGCACUCAGCAUAUUUUGGAGAGAAUUUUAUAACUCACUUGCAACUGGUGCUACCGAAAAGGUUCCAGCGAUACGUCAUGAUUAUCAGCAAAGUGAAUGGCAAAGUAUUGCGCGUGUUCUCGUCGCAGGGUUUACCAAGUUUGGAUACUUUCCUGUCACUCUGUCAAGUGCAUUCAUAGCUUCCUGUCUCUUCCCAGAGGAAUCGAUUUCUAAAGAAUGGCUUGUAGAGUCUUUUCAUCAAUACAUAUCCAAAGAUGAGAGUAAAACACUAAAAAGAAGUGUCUCUGACGAAUGCCCUGAUCCAUCAGAAGACAAGGAUGUAACUGACUUUCUCACAAGCUACAAGUGCCGCAGAGUGGUUAGAAAGGACACCAUGCCAAAAAUAAUCGAGGAAUUAGCACACCAAGAGAUUGUACAGCGUCCGAAAUACGUCGCUAAUGCCUGGUCUCCGAUCGUGAACCAACUUAAACGUUUUAAAGAAUUUGAAACUGUUGAUAACUUGGUGAGCCUUUAUCAAGCUAAAAAGCCCACUCAGAAAAAAGUUUGUAAGCUUUUGACCUCAAAUCCAGCCACCGAUGCCGAAAGAGAGUGCUUCUCACACUUAAAGCGGUUCGUUAAAUCCCUUGACGAUAACCUAGUGAGUAUUUUUCUCCAAUAUGGAUGUGCUUGUCCUGGGUUAGCAGCUGGAGAAACAUGCAUAGACUGUUUUGCUAAAAGCAAAGGAAACAUUGGAAAUUGGAAAGAGAUUCGUGAUGACCUCACACUACUGCUGGAUGAAGAAAUGCAUUCAGUAAAUUUAUGUGCAUUACACUGCGAAAUGAGAAACACGGAACAAAUUCUUGGAUCAUUGGGCCUAUACGCAUAUAAAAUUGGGAGUUUGGACAAUGAAAAUGCGAAGCUGGGAGAGUUAGGACCAAAAUCCAUGAAGAAAAACUUUGUAAGAAUUAAGGAUUGCAGGAAUAAGAAUUUAGAAGUCACGAAAAACCACAUAAAGAUAGCAUCAAUUUCAGGUCUGACUGAGCGAACUUUCCUUGCCAACAUAGAAUCCAUCGUAGACUCAGCCCUUGUAAUAGAUAAGCUCGUCGAUUAUAUAACCAUUCCGGCUGCCGAAGAUUACCUUCUUAAGAAAAUUGGAUUUUGCGAAGAGAUUAAAAAGUUUUUAGAGAGCAAUCUGCCUGGAAAGACAUUCGUGCGAGACUAUGGUGUUCGUCAAGAGGUAAUAACCAUCAUGCCCAGAAGCAAGGUUGAGAUGCAUGUGCGAGAAAGGUUGACCUUUUGGGAAAAGAUGAGUGGCAGAAUUGAAGAAACCCUUUGUGUUAUCGAUGCUAUAGGAGAUAUAAAUAUCCAAAGGGUUGUAGCCGAAAUUCAGAGGGAAUUAUUUAAAAUGGUCGGAUCCAUGUGGAAAGAAAUUGCUGAGGUAGUCCGCGAUACCAUUUUUCAAGAAGAGGAAGCUGAUGAAAUCGAUGUAUUUGACCUAAAGUGUAAGGAAUGGUGCUACCACCUUCGUGAUACCUUUGGUCCAUUGCUUGGUACUGGCAAUUAUGGUCAUCUAAUUAUUGAGCAUGCCUCAAUGUUGAUGCGAACUUUUGGAUCAAUGAGGGAAUUUAGCAACCAGGGAUUUGAAAGUUUUCACAAGGUUGAUCGCAGGCUUUACUUACAAGCCACCAAUCAUGAUAUUCAGGCAAAAGAUUCUUCAGUAAAACAAAUUUUAACGCAUGUCUAUGUUGAUAAGUUGUUGUUCCUUCGUCACUCAUUGAGAAAAGCCUUGGAGUGCUUUAAAGCAGAUAAGGAAUUUUACUUCCGUGGUUGUGGAUGA